AUGGAUAGAAUCAUGAAUAUUAGCAAAUAUAUGUGCGAUGAUGCAAUAUCAUAUGGAUCCUUAGAAUCACGGCACCCAAUAGAAUCUUGCGCAUUCCAGUUGCAGAACUGGAGACCCUUUCAGCUUCCAACCGGCAAAACCCUAGAAUCUGAUUCUGUUAAACCCUACUGCGGUACCGGUUAUACUGGGCCUCAAGGCAAACGACCCUGCCGCUCUGACCGAACUACGUCGUUUUCCAUUGGUGCCAUCCUUGACAUGUUGAAGCUCAGCCUUUUUGACGACGAUAGGCCACUUACGGUAGCUGAUAAGCGGUGGUUUGCUCGGAAGCGUCGUCGUAGGGGGUCGAGGUCUCUGUCUGGGAGAAGCAGCGAUCGGAGCGGGACUCGCCGGCGUUGUUGCUCGGUGGGGACAUCGAGGGCUUAUGGAACUGCUUCGGAUUAUCCUAUGGUGGCGGGAGGGACGGAUUCGAGUGGAGAGCUGUUUUUGAACGGUGGAGGGGAUGCGAAUUGGGCAUCUGAUGUGAGUGAGGCAGCAAGGAAUCCGAGGAGAGAAAGGGAGAGCAAUGGGAGUGGCGAGAGGGAGAAUCUGAGUAGUGGGUGCGGCCAAUUAGGUCAGUCUGAUAGCCAGGGGAACGAGUCUGGAUACGGGAGUGAGCCAGGGUAUCGGGGUGAUGUGGAGCUUGGAUAUGGCGAUGAAAUUGACGAGGAAGAAGAUGAUUUGAGGGCCUUGUUUUGGGGUGAAGAAUUUGGAGAAUCUGGCUCGAAAACGGAGAGGGUUAGUCAGAACUCAUUGCAGAAAGCCCAUCACCGGUGUCGGCGCAAGAAACAAACUUGA